UGAUAUUAGUUGUGUACAUUGGUGGUCCUUGAGAGUCUGCAACUGAACGAAACUUAAUGAGUUUUAAUGUUACUAUUUUAUGAAGCACUGUUAACAGUGUAGAAAACACAAACUAGAGCUGAUACACUUACCCUAUGGACCCUUUGAGUAUUAUUUAUCUCUCCAUAAAUCAGACAGGACACAGUCCAUUCUAAUAUAAAGUUACACUCCUGCUUGAGGUGCUAUUGGACUCUCUGCUGUGACUCACACACAUACAUUCUCCAGCUGCCCCAAGAUGACAGGUAAGGACCUCCUGUGUUAAACUGUUUUCAAUCACAGAAAUGAUCAUUACUGUUAAAUUGAUGCUGUAAAUGUACUAAAAAUGUAUUGAUCUGACAGACGAAAAGAUGGAUGAGAAGAAAAAUAAGAAAAAGACGCCUGAGUGUUGUGGAUAUCCAGUGAGCAUUUUCUUUAUUGUGGUCAACGAGUUCUGUGAAAGAUUUUCCUACUAUGGCAUGCGAGCUGUGUUGGUACUUUAUUUCCGAUAUUUUCUGCGUUGGGACGAUGAUCUUGCAACCUCUAUUUAUCAUGCCUUUGUGGCAUUGUGCUACUUGACACCCAUCUUGGGUGCCAUUAUUGCUGAUUCCUGGCUUGGGAAAUUCAAGACAAUCAUUUACCUGUCCAUAGUGUAUGCCAUUGGCCAGGUUAUCAUGGCUGUCAGCACUGUUCAUGACAUCACAGAUGCAAACAGAGACGGCAAGCCAGAUAACUUGACUUUCCACAUGGCGUUGUCAAUGCUCGGUUUGAUCCUCAUUGCUCUGGGCACUGGGGGUAUUAAACCAUGUGUGUCUGCAUUUGGUGGAGAUCAGUUUCAGGAACAUCAGAGUCGGCAGCUCAACACAUUUUUCUCUGUGUUUUAUCUGUGCAUUAACGGAGGAAGUCUUCUCUCCACACUCAUUACACCUGUUCUGAGAGCUCAGAAGUGUGGCAUCUACACUCAGCAGCCCUGUUAUCCAUUGGCUUUUGGUGUACCAGCCGCUCUGAUGGUUGUUUCUCUGGUGGUGUUCAUCACUGGCAGUGGCAUGUAUAUCAAAACUGAUCCAGAAGGAAACAUUAUUGGUUCCGUGUGUAAAUGCAUCGGGUUUGCCAUCAAAAACCGUUUCAGGCACAGAAGCAGCAAGUUUCCAAAGAGAGAACACUGGAUGGACUGGGCCAAUGAGAAAUAUGAUAAACUUCUCAUCGCUCAGAUAAAGAUGGUACUGAAGGUGUUAUUCCUCUACAUCCCACUGCCCAUGUUUUGGACUCUGUUUGACCAAAAGGGCUCCCGCUGGACUCUCCAAGCCACUACUAUGACCGGAGACUUUGGGGCAUUCAUCCUGCAGCCAGACCAGAUGCAGACUGUGAACCCCAUCCUCAUUCUGACCCUUGUGCCUAUAAUGGACAAGAUUGUCUUCCCACUAAUCCAGAAGUGUGGCCUCAAUUUCAGCCCUUUGAAGAGAAUGGCAGUUGGCAUGUUGUUUGCUUCCAUGGCGUUUGUUUGUGCAGCUCUUGUCCAGAUUGAAAUUGAUAAAACAUUGCCAAAUUUCCCAUCAUCCUCUGAGAGUCAGCUGAAGGUGGUGAACAUGGGCAGUGGACAACUGACUGUUACUAUCCCUUCCAAUGAGCCUCUAUUGCUAGAAUCACUGAAGAGCAGUGAUUACUUGACAUUUGAACAAGGGGACAUCACAGUGUCCUUGAGCACAAAUCCUGUGAUCACCAAAGCUUUCAGUUUAAACAUGGGGGAGCGGCAGACCCUGAUCAUACCCUCUGACCCCAGCCUGAUGAAUCUGCAAGAAGACACAAUGUCCAAACCAGAAGAGGGGAAGAAUGCUAUUAGAUUUGUGAAUGGCUUGACAGCUGACUUGAACAUCACUGACUUGGGACUCAUUGAGCCAUCAGCUGUUUCAAACUACACACUGGUUUCUCAGGGGACGCAGACAUUUAUACUCCGUAGUGGUGAGCAGUCUUGCGAGUUUUCUCGAAAGUUUGGAUUUGGUUCUUCGUACACAUACUUAAUCCCCAGUACGCUGUCCUGGACUAAUUGUAGCUCAAUAACAGAAGUUGAGGACAUCAGGCCCAACUCAGUUCACAUGGCUCUGCAGAUUCCUCAGUACUUCCUCAUUACUACAGGAGAGGUUAUGUUCUCAGUCACUGGCCUGCAGUUUUCAUACUCACAGGCUCCAAAAAAUAUGAAAUCAGUGUUGCAGGCUGGCUGGUUGUGCACAAAUGCUGUGGGAAAUAUGAUAGUGCUGAUUGUGGCAGAGCUGGGAAAACUUCCCAAACAGUGGGCAGAGUAUGUGCUUUUUGCUUCGCUGCUAGUGGCUGUGAAUAUCAUCUUCUCCUUCAUGGCUUAUUUCUACACCUACAUUGACCCAGCGGAGAUUGAAGCCCAGGUCAGGAGAGAGCUAGAGCUCGAGUCAGUGGACAAAGACAAAGAGAAUGAGAUGCUCGCAAUGCAGGAAAAAGAUUCGGACCGGCAAAAUGAGCAGGAGGUCAAGCAAACCAAGAUAUAAGCAUAUACAUGUUUGAAUAAAACUGAGAUUGGAUCGUGUUAAUAAUAUGCUAACAUUUCACCUUAAGUUCAAUAUUAUAAGAGGUAUGAAAGAUUGUGACAUGUUGAUAUGUCAUUUGCACCUAUAUGAGUGAGUGAACUUUUAGUCGGUACUGUUAAAUAUUAUGUAUUGUGUAAAAUAUUUGUUGUGAUAUCUAGGGAUUUUCAUCUAUAGGUAUGAUUUAUAAUGCAGAUGGACUCUAGUUAUUGUUUUUGUAUGUAAUUAU